AUGCCGAUUCUCAACUCCCCCUUUGCGCCCUCGGCCUUUGCCAACAGCUCUGGCCGCGGCGAGGUCGUUCUCACAGUCCUUCCACCGGCUAUCCCGUCUCUAUCGACCGUUUCUUACAACUAUCCUCUUAAGCUCCUCUCGCGCACUCCUGAGGGUGAAUUAAAGUCCAGGUACCCGGCUACCGCCACACCCCCGUUACACCUCUAUCUUCUUACCUACGGCGGUGGUCUUCUUCCGGGAGACCACAUUGAUGUCUCUGUGACAGUCAAGCCAAGGGGAAGGCUUGUGGUCACCACUCCACAGGGGAGCACGAAGAUAUACAAGACCGAGGCCCAGGGUGGCAGGAAAAGACCCAUCCCCAAGACCGAUAAUGACCGGAGCAAACAGACCCUCAAAGUCCAAUUGGGCCGUGAGUCUGGGUUGUGCUUGCUGCCUGAUCCAUCUGCGCCAUUUGCAGAUAGUCGGUAUGACCAAUUCCAGACAUUCACUCUGCUCCACGGGGACCACAGCAAGGCUGCAGGCAGCUCGCAGGGCGACGAAGGUGUCACUAAACCGGCCCACAAGGGCAGCCUCUGUGUCCUCGACUGGGUGACGGAAGGGCGUAGCGCCAGAGGAGAGAAUUGGUCUUUCGAUUCAUGGACCGGGAGAAAUGAAAUCUGGCUCGAAGACUGUAAGACCGGGAAGAGGAGGCUGCUGCUCCGAGAUGCUGUGAUAUUGAACAAUGAGACAGCCGCGCAGAAGCAACCAGAUGCCAGUGUUCCUGACAGCUCUGCAGGGAGCCAUAUGUCUUCCAUUCAGUCACAGACCUCAGUCCGCUCUCGCGCUCAUCCUCAUGGCGUACUGGGGACGCUGAUCAUCCACGGACCACUGUUCGAGUCCCUGGCUGACUUCUUCAUGGAGGCCUUUACUUCACAACCCAGGAUCGGCGGUCAGAAUUGGUCGUCGAGCUCCACGUACUAUCCCACACACACGAACGAGCAUGUCAAUAACAACGAGAAAUAUGAUAGUCACGACGACACGACAGAACCGGCAGAGAUGCGCCACAGAAAUGUAACGUGGACGGCUGCUCGAGUACGCAAUGGAUUUGUCCUCGUGAAGUUUGGUGCUCCAGACUUUGAGAAUGCCCGAGAUUGGCUGGGCCAUAUGCUCAGGGCGGAAGGGAGCAUUCAACGUGAGUUCGGCGAAGAGGCCCUCGGCUCCUUGUAG